GCUUUAGACGACAAUUUUUAUUUACGAUCUGUCGGGUAUUUUUAUUCUGCGAUUUCACUGCAUUUUUCCCCAUUCAAAGUGAUGAGAUGAGUUUAUUGAAGUGCAAACAGUAUCAGGGAAUCCUCAGAAGACUGUUCAUCGGGGCGACAUGCACAGAAAAUUACGACUUAGUAGUGGUUGGCGGUGGAAUUGUUGGAGCUGCAUCUGCCAGAGAGAUGUUACAAAGACAUCCUACUUUAAAAGUCUGCCUAGUUGAGAAGGAGAAACAGCUUGCCUUGCACCAGAGUGGGCACAAUAGUGGCGUUAUACAUGCCGGCAUUUACUACAAACCCGGAACCUUGAAGGCUAAAUUAUGUGUCGAGGGGCUCAAGAUGUCCUAUAAUUACUUCGACAAACGAGGAAUACCGUACAAAAAGUGUGGAAAAUUGAUUGUGGCGACCGACGAAAGUCAACUAGGAAGACUCAAUGACUUAUACAAGAGAGGACUGGCAAAUGAAGUGCCAGAUCUACAGAUGGUGGACGCGGAGAAAAUAGCAGAGAUAGAGCCGUAUUGCCUCGGAGUCAAGGCUAUUUGGUCUCCUCACACGGGAAUCGUGGACUGGCAAUAUGUUACUCAGUGUUAUGCUCAGGAUGUUGAAAAUUUCGGAGGAACCAUUAUUACAAACUACAAAGUUAACAAGAUUGGAGAGACAGAAGAUAAUUCAGAGUAUCCUAUUAGCGUUUACAGUACGUCUGGGAAAAGGAUCCUGACUAAAUAUGUCCUCACUUGUGGUGGUCUUCACUCGGACAAGUUGGCUGAGAUGACAGGCUGUUCAAGAUCUCCGAGAAUCGUGCCCUUCCGCGGAGAAUAUCUCCUCUUGCGUUCUGACCUGAAUUUCAUGGUACGCGGAAACAUUUAUCCUGUGCCCGAUCCCCGACUUCCCUUUCUGGGCGUUCACUUUACGCCCCGAAUGGAUGGAAGUGUGUGGCUGGGACCCAAUGCAGUACUGGCAUUUAAGCGAGAGGGCUACACUUGGGGCGACUUCAACCCUAUCGAUUUGAUGGACGCUGUGGGAUAUUCGGGAUUCCGGAAACUCGCCGUGAAAUAUAUGGGAAGCGGCUUGCAAGAAAUGUGGCGCUCAUAUUGGAUUCGGAGUCAAGUGCGCGAGCUGCAGAAAUUUAUCCCAGAAAUUACUGAAUUUGACGUGGAGCGAGGUCCAGCUGGUGUGAGAGCGCAAGCCCUAGAUCCGGAGGGAAAUCUUGUGGACGACUUUGUAUUUGAUCGCGGGAGCGGAAAGAGCGCCGUCUCCCAAAGAGUUCUGCACUGCCGCAACGCUCCUUCACCCGGAGCAACGAGUUCCUUAGCUAUUGGCAAGGUCAUAGCCCAGAAACUCACUGAUGAGUUCAAGUUUUAAAAUUAUAUUAUACAAUUGGAGACUUUGGUGAUGUUGUAAAAGAUGGUAACUUUUACCACG